CAUCUUUGAUUCCAGCAAGUCGCACGCAAUGCAAAGACGACGUCGUAUUUAUUUUAUCCCCAAAUCGUAGAUUACAUUCAAUCCACAAAACCGGCGCCCACCCAAAUUCCCGUCCACAUUUCUGCUUCUGCAUCUUCUUCUUCUUCUUCUUCUUCUUCUGCUUCAGAUCAUCAUCCUCUUUUCCACUUCCCCUCCAAUUGCCGGCCGUUCGUUUCCGAUUUCAUGGCGCAGAAGAGGGACAAGGACGAAACUGAGCUCAAGGUGCCGGAGAAUCUGCACAUCUGCACUCCUCCGCCGCCGAUCCCCUCGCCGCCGGUGCAGCUGCCGCCCUCCAGGUCGCCGGAUGCCUCAGAUCCGAAGGCGGCGAACGCGCGGGGCUCCGGACCCGGCUCGUCGACCCAUCUGGAGCAACCCGACCCGGCCGGAGAGCGCCGGACGUUGAAGAGACCAAGGACGGUUACGCGGUGUUCGGGUCCGGGUUGCAGGAAGCGGGUCGGGUUGAUGGGUUUCCGUUGCAGGUGCGGCGACGUGUUCUGCGCCGAGCACCGGUACUCAGACCGGCACGACUGCAGCUACGACUACAAGGCGGCCGGCCGGGAGGCGAUUGCGAGGGAAAACCCCGUGGUCAGAGCUGCGAAGCUUCUAAAGGUUUGACCGGCGAAACCGACGGCGGCCUGAAUUCCGAUUUGUUGGUGUGCUUUGUUUUUCGGGUGGUUGGAGUUGGUGAUUUGUAUGACGGUCGCGGCGCCGCCGGCGGCGGACGUGCGGUGAUUCGGUUGUAAAUUUGAUGGGAAGUAGGGGUAUUGUUGUCAUUUGCCUAGUAUUUACAUGUCCAUAUUUGUGGUGGCAGGUAAAAAUAAAUUAAAAAAUAAAAAAAGAGAGAAUAUAAUAAUUAAUUAAUUAGGCAGGAA